AUGCGAAAACGAGGCUUUUUGUUUCUUGUUUCUUUCCCCCUCCUUCUCUCUCUCUUUCUUUCUUUCUUUCUUUCUUUCAUUCUCUGUUUUUUCCUUCUCUUUCUCUCUCUCUCUCUCUUACUCUCUCUGUCCUGGCGUAUCCGCCUCGCUUAUUCCUACAUGGCCAAAAGCGAUGGGCAAAUUGAUGUUUCCUUCUUUAUUUCCUUCAUUCUCUUUCUUUCUUUCUUUCUUUCUUUCUUUAAUCACGCUUGUUUGAUUUGCGUCUUUCUUUCUUUGAUCAUGCUUGCUUCUUUUCGUUCUUCUUUUCUUUUUAUUUUCCUUCUUUCUUUUCUCAAUUUUUCUUUCUUUCUUUCACCAUACAUGUUUGCUUUCUGUCUGUCGCUCUUCCUUUCCUUUUCUUUCUUUCUUUCUUUCUUUCCUUCCUUCUUUCUUUCUUUUAUUGUUUCUUUCUUUUUCCUUCUGUUUUUCAUUCUUUUUUUUUCAUCAUACUUAUUUAAUUGCUACAUUCAUAUUUGUUGCCUACUCUCAAUUAUCCUUGAGCUUCUUCUUAUAUGUGCCGUGUCCUUUCAGGACGUAGACGAUCAUGGCUCUCCACUUCCUCCUAUCCAUUGUAGUUCUCAAUAA